GGGAUGGCAGAGGGGGUGUGCGCCGUGACGGCCAUUGGUGAACGGAAGGAUUUGCGUCGCCGGAGUUAAAGCCAAUCGAUGCGCUCUCGGGGUCGGGAAGGGGAACGAGCGCGAACGGCACAAAUGGAGCCUGAUAAAAGGGGGCGCGUGCGGUUGACUCGCAGUACAGAAGUUCCGGCGGUAUCGGCGCGUGGGAAGGCGGUUAUGCCACCGGAUGAUAGUCUGCUGACGUGAAUUCCGGCUCUUUGUCUCGCCACUGACCCAAGGAGAACAGCUUUAUCUGCGUACUGGUGAGGCUGUCCUGGGCAGGAGAAGCAUUUUCAAAGAGGAUCAGAGGCACAGAGAAAGAGAGAGAGAGAGAGACUGGCUGAGCAUCCCUCAAGAUGAAGAAAAGCAGGAGUGCACAGGGGGUUACAAGAGGCGAUGACAAUAAGGAGCCUGCUGUGGGACAAUUUUCCUCAGGUAACACCCUCGGUGUAGAGGUGUGCAAAGUCCACAGGCGGUUUUCUGGCAACCUGCAGCUGCCUCCGUUGUCAUGGCGACAGGCAGAAAAGGAGAGAGACCGAGGCCGCCCACUCACACCUGAGGAAGACCCAGUGACCCGAACCAGACCUACAAGCCUGCCCAUCACCUCUCUGCCUCGCAUCGACAUCACACAGGCUGACCCUGACAGCUUUGAAGUGGAGAACGGGCCAUCAUUGUGCUGCAGUCUGUCAGAUCUGCAGGCGUCCCCGAGUUCAGGUCUGGUUCUACACCCCAACCUGGCGAGCCAUGGCCAGCGCAGAGAGUCCUUCCUGUACCGUUCUGACAGCGACUAUGACCUAUCGCCCAAGUCCUUGUCCCGAAAUUCCUCCAUUGUUGGAGAACUACAUGGGGAGGACCUAAUUGUGACUCCAUUUGCCCAGGUUCUGGCAAGCCUUCGGACUGUGAGGAACAACUUCAUCACCUUGACAAAUGUGCAAUGUGUAUCCAAUAAGAGGUCUCCUGCUGCAAAUCAACCUUCUGUCACCAGAGUCUGUCUGUCAGAUGAGUCCUACCAGAAGUUGGCUAUGGAGACCAUGGACGAGCUGGACUGGUGUCUGGACCAAUUGGAGACCAUCCAGACCUACCGCUCUGUCAGUGACAUGGCCUCCAACAAGGUUGAGCUCAGCCUUGGGGGUCCACUCAGAGAGGAGCAAAUAGAGCUUCUGCUGGGGAGCGCCAGGGGCUCAGCACAGCUCAGCACCAUGCCGGAGGCCAACUACCUGUUCUCUGUAUCCUGGGGAUACAUCAAGGUCUGUCCCAGAAGAGAACUGGCAUACACGGGACUCCACCUGUCUGAGAUGAGUCGCUCAGGCAACCAAGUGUCAGAGUACAUCUCCAACACCUUCCUAGACAAGCAGAAUGAGUUGGAGCUUCCAUGCCCAGUUCCCAAGUCCAGGGAACGAAAGAGGAGGCAGGGCCAGCAGCAGCAGGGUGGGGUGAUGACUCAGAUCAGUGGGGUGAGGAAGGUCAGCCACACACCCAGCAUCUCUGCAAGCACCAGCAAUCGCUUCGGUGUCAAGACAGACCAGGAGGAACUGCUUUCGAAGGACCUGGAGGAUAUCAACAAAUGGGGCCUGAAUAUCUUCAAGGUGGCAGAGCACUCCCACAACCGGCCGCUCACAUGUGUCAUGUACACAAUCUUUCAGGAGCGAGACCUGAUGAGGACAUUCAAGAUUCCAACAGACACCUUUGUGACGUUCAUGCUGACCCUGGAGGGCCACUAUCACUCCGACGUGGCCUACCACAACAGCCUGCACGCUGCAGACGUAGCCCAGUCCACACACAUCCUCCUGUCCACGCCCGCCCUGGACGCGGUCUUCACUGAUCUGGAGAUCUUGGCAGCCAUCUUUGCUGCAGCCAUUCAUGACGUGGACCACCCAGGAGUGUCUAACCAGUUCCUCAUCAACACCAACUCAGAGCUGGCUCUGAUGUACAACGAUGAGUCAGUGCUGGAGAACCACCACCUGGCCGUGGGCUUCAAACUGCUGCAGGAAGACAACUGCGACAUCUUCCAAAACCUCACUAAGAAGCAGAGGCAGACGCUUCGGAGGAUGGUCAUAGACAUGGUUUUGGCAACUGAUAUGUCUAAACACAUGAGCCUGCUGGCUAAUCUGAAGACAAUGGUUGAAACCAAGAAGGUGACCAGCUCUGGAGUGCUGCUGCUGGACAACUACACAGACAGAAUGCAGGUUCUGCGUAACAUGGUUCAUUGUGCAGAUCUGAGCAACCCUACCAAGCCUCUGGGUCUCUACCGUCAGUGGACAGACAGGAUCAUGGAUGAGUUCUUCCAUCAAGGAGACAGAGAAAGGGAGAGGGGAAUGGAGAUCAGCCCCAUGUGCGACAAGCACACAGCUUCAGUGGAGAGAACUCAGGUUGGCUUCAUCGAUUACAUCGUCCACCCUCUGUGGGAGACAUGGGCCGACCUGGUCCACCCUGAUGCCCAGGACAUCCUGGACAUGCUGGAAGACAACAGGAACUGGUAUCAGAGCAUGAUCCCACAGAGCCCCUCCCCUCCCUUCUACACCGGCGAUGGAGAAGGAGGACCUGAUGGUGAGACGGAGGGGGGACCUGUGGCGAGUAAAUUUCAGUUUGAACUGACCAUGGAUGAGCAGGGUGGAAAUGGAGAGAACAGAAUGAUGGAGACAACUGAAUCAUGUGACAGUGUGUCACUCGACGACCAUCCUGCUGAUCAGAUUAGCAUAGAAAUGGCGGUGCAUGACGUCUCCCCAGCAGAAACAUAGCUGAACUGACAGAGGUGCUACAGUGCAGCAAGUUUGUCUGCUUUGGCAGAAUUCGUUUUCUUGCAGUGGAGCAAUCCUGCAAUCUGGCUCUUCGGAGCUGUCUGGUUGAUGGGGCCUGACUAAAUGUGGGCCACUCCUGCAAAUGACGCUUGGAAACCCUGUGCCAGUUUGUUUCUGACACCCCCUCCCCCCAAGAAGGGAGCUGGACAAGCGUACCCUCUGUUCUUUAAACGUUGGACUACUGUCGGUCUGCAGAGGCAGGGCUGAAGCCUGGACUCACACACAGAGGAGGAGGAUGAUAAGAAUUCAUGUACCGGGACAAGUAAAAACAAAAAUCCAAACUCGCACUUCAGGACAUUUUUACAUUCAUUUUGAUUUGUUGUGCUCUGGCGAGAUUGGGUGCCGCCUGGUAUGUGUCCAAUCAAAAAAAACUACUGGUCAGCAAGUUCUCUGUAAUCAAGUAGUUUUUUUUUCUAACAAGUUGUGUGCCUAUUUUUUUUUUAUGACUGACUUUUUGUAUGUGUUUUUAUAAUUUAUUGAACACAUUCAUUUAGCUGUAAAAAGUAUAACAUUUUCUACAAAAACAAGGGUUUUGUCUCACACAGUCUUCCUGAUGUUCUGGCAAUAGUAUAAGCUCGUUCCCACAGAGGCGUUCAGUGAUUUCUAAAAUCUGUUGACUUCCCAGCACAAUUUGCACUUUGUGGCAUAUGGUAAGAUGAAGGAAGUGUGGAAGGCAUCAUUUACAGAAGACAUUAUAGUAAACAUCUAAAAUCAAAAGAUUUGUUUUAUCCAACUGUUUGUUUGUUUUUUAAAUUCACUCCAUAAGCAAUUAAAUGACUCACAGAUUAGAUUCUGCCAAAGAUCUUGUAAAGAAAGCACUUUCUUGUCGCUCCAUAAAGAGUUCAGGGGAAUAAAAGCUGAUUAAGUGAAAUUUCAUGGAACAUAUCUUUAAAAAAAAACUCCAUAACGACAUAUAGUGCUGGGCGAUUCCAGUUUGGGAAAUUUGUUUCCACCUGAUGAUUUCCCCUUUUCAUAAGCACACACACACACACACACACACACACACACACACACACACACAUACACACACACACACAUUCCAUUCUUGCCGUGACUCACUCUGAACUCGGACUGACUGUAAGACUGUGUGCACAAUUAAAAAGUCACCUGUCAGUGAGCUGAUCUUUGUAUUUUGCAGUUUUUAAUUCCAGCACUUUGGUCAUGUCGGCAGUUCAGCAGCUGGUUGCUGAUCUGUCCAACACUAAAUUAAUGGUACCACAUUGUAAGGUGCAACCUUCACAAUAAGAGGGACUCAGUAUUGUGUCAUGACAUGAAAUCUCCUGCGUGUGCAUGUGUGUGUGUGCGUGCAAAAGUAAGUGGUUACACAGUUGCACCCUUCAGCAGUUUGUAAUGAUAUAUUUAUUAUCUUCUCCUUGUACAGGAUAAUAUUGGUAUUGAUCAAUAAUAUUCACUGUAUAUUUGUUAUUAUUUAUAUGCACUGCCACAUCUCAAAUCAGUUUGGCUGAACCUGUCUGAUGGUUCUGGUUUAUUGUUCUCAGCAAACAUGUUUGCUACAAGACCGUAACAUGAAGUUGUGCAGUUCACUUGUGACAAAUGUUUGGUUUGAAAUUCCAACUGGAGACGUUUGCACAGUGAGCUGCAGAAGAAGCUUUUGUUUGUGUCCUCUGUUCCCGGCAGUUUAUGAAGGCUGGAUAUUUACUGCAGUAUACUGUGUACGGUGACGGGUCAUUGUACAGCUACAGGAAUAUUUGCUGAAAUAUAUAACAUUGUUUCAAGUGUAUUUUUUAAGUGUUUUCCUCACUAUAUUUUAAAAUGGUGUAAACUGUGUCCAACAAAUGUUUUUUAAAAUCAGAUUAUUAAAAUGGGCAUGUAUUACAGAACAUUCUGGUUUGAGUGUUAUUUGAUCGACAAACCGUAGAGUAUUUGUGAAUGGUAAUGAGUAUUUUUUUAAACAUUCUUUGAUCCUUCUUUCAUUAACGAAGAGUAACUGGAGGAAUAAAGAACUUUUUUACCUACAUAUCAUGAGUGAAGGUGGCUGGGUGCAUUUCCUUCAGUUAUGUCCAGGUGAGGUGAAGCAAUCAUAUACAGCACAGUUUCUGAAUCUUGCACAAGCACAGUCCUGUACAAUAGACCAGCUAAUGAGGUUUUGCUCAUGUUGUGGUUCCUGUUCUGCAGCUCUGAGGGAAACCCCAGGUGAAAGUGACGAAAGGAAAACGAGUUGAUCCAGUCUUCAGUCACUUUCCUGCAGUGACAUCUCCUCCCUCUGAUCUGAGUGUGCACGGUGCUGGAUUCAGUCGCU